AUGUCGGAGGAAGAGAAGUUGUUGAAGGAAGCCAAGAAGUUGCCAUGGGAGGAUCGUCUCUUCCACAAGAAUUGGAAAGUGCGCAACGAGGCGAACAUCGAUUUGGCUUCGCUCUGCGACUCCAUCACCGAUCCUAAGGACUCUCGCAUCCGCGAAUUCGGUCAUUUUUUCAAGAAGACGGUGGCGGAUUCGAAUGCGCCGGUGCAGGAGAAGGCGCUGGAUGCGUUGAUUGCUUAUUUGCGAGCUGCGGAUGCCGACGCCGGGAGGUAUGGGAAGGAGGUCUGUGAUGCGGUUGUGGCUAAAUGUCUGACGGGAAGGCCGAAAACGGUGGAGAAGGCUCAAGCAGUGUUUUUGCUAUGGGUGGAACUAGAGGCCGUGGAUGCGUUUCUGGAUGCAAUGGAGAAAGCAAUAAAAAACAAAGUUGCUAAAGCAGUGGUACCUGCAAUUGAUGUUAUGUUUCAAGCUUUGAGUGAAUUUGGAGCGAAAAUUGUGCCGCCAAAAAGAAUAUUGAAGAUGCUUCCAGAACUAUUUGAUCAUCAAGAUCAAAAUGUUCGUGCGUGCUCUAAAGGGUUGACUCUUGAACUUUGCCGUUGGAUUGGUAAAGAUAGUGUAAAGUCAAUUUUGUUUGAGAAAAUGAGAGACACGAUGAAAAAAGAGCUAGAAGCAGAACUUGUAAAUGUUACAGGAACAGCAAAGCCAACCCGUAAAAUAAGAUCUGAGCAAGACAAGGAACCUGAACCGGAGGCUGUGUCAGAGGUUGUGGGUCCUGGCCCUACUGAAGAUUCUGGAAAUGAUGCUCCUCAGGAAAUUGAUGAAUAUGAACUUGUUGAUCCUGUUGAUAUAUUGACUCCUUUGGAGAAAUCAGGAUUUUGGGAUGGAGUGAAAGCCACCAAAUGGUCUGAAAGGAAGGAAGCUGUUGCUGAGCUAACAAAGCUUGCAUCAACUAAAAGGAUUUCUCCUGGUGAUUUCUCUGAAGUUUGUCGAACCUUAAAGAAGCUUAUUACAGAUGUGAAUAUAGCUGUUGCAGUUGAAGCUGUUCAGGCUAUUGGCAAUCUUGCUCGUGGGUUAAGAACUCAUUUUUCUGCAAGUUCUCGUUUUUUAUUGCCUGUUUUGCUUGAAAAAUUGAAGGAAAAAAAACCUGUUUUGGCUGAGGCAUUGAUACAGACUCUUCAAGCUAUACAUAAAGCUGGAUGCAUCAGCCUUGUAGAUAUUAUUGAAGGCAGUCUGAAUUUGCAUGGCCUUGACCGGGGCCACGUUGAUGUUAAGACUGCCACAAAAAACAAAGUCCCUCUUGUGCGAUCGUUAUCCUUGACCUGGGUGACAUUUUGUAUCGAAACUAGUAACAAGGGUGUUAUUACAAAGGUGCACAAGGAUUAUGUGCCAAUCUGUAUGGAGUGCCUAAAUGAUGGCACUCCUGAAGUCAGGGAUGCUGCCUUUUCAGCAUUGGCAGCAAUAGCUAAGUCUGUUGGCAUGAGACCUCUGGAGAGGUCAUUGGAGAAACUUGAUGAUGUUAGAAGAAAGAAGCUUUCGGAAAUGAUCUCAGGUUCUGAAGAUGCUGUGACUGGUGGUUCUUCUGCAGCUUCUGUGCAAAAUACGCGUGCAAGUGCAUCUUCUGCAGAGGCCUCUGAAAGUGCAUUUGUCAAAAGGUCAGCAGCAAGCAUGCUUAGUGGGAAGAGACCUGUUCAGUCAGUGCCUGUCUCAAAGAAAGGGGGGGCUGUAAAGUCUGGGACAAACAAGAAAACAGAUGGAGUGGCACAAGUGAAGGCUUCAAAAUCAAUUGAACCACCUGAGGAUGUUGAGCCUAGUGAGAUGAGUCUAGAAGAGAUUGAAAGCCGAAUAGGUUCUCUUGUACAGUCAGAUACUAUCACCCUAUUGAAAAGUGCUGUAUGGAAAGAGCGUCUAGAAGCUAUUUCUUCACUAAAACAGCAGGUAGAAGGCUUACAGAACCUCGACCAAUCAGCAGAAAUUUUGAUACGUCUACUCUGCACUUUACCUGGUUGGGGCGAGAAAAAUGUUCAGGUUCAGCAGCAAGUUAUUGAAGUGGUCAAUCAUAUAGGUUCAACUGCUGCUAAAUUUCCAAAGAAGUGUGUGGUACUUUGUCUUGCAGGACUAAGUGAACGUGUAGCAGAUAUUAAGACACGAGCACAUGCUAUGAAGUGCCUGAGUACUUUGUGUGAAGCAGUUGGUCCACUUUACAAGAUCAUGAAGGAGCAUAAGAAUCCUAAGGUUCUUAGUGAGGGAAUUUUGUGGAUGGUUUCUGCUGUUGAGGAUUUUGGUGUCUCACAUAUAAAGCUUAAGGAUUUAAUUGAUUUUCUUAAAGACACUGGGCUGCAGUCAAGUACUGCUGCUACCAGAAACGCAUCAAUUAAGCUCUUGGGUGUCCUGCAUAGAUUUGUUGGUCCAGACAUUAAAGCAUUUCUUGCUGAUGUAAAGCCUGCACUGCUAAGUGCCCUUGAUACUGAAUAUGAGAAGAAUCCAUUUGAGGGAGCGUCUGCAGUUACCAAGAGAACUGUCAGGACAUCAGACUCCUCUUCAUCUGGUGUUGCUGGUGGACUUGAUGGCUUGCCUCGUGAAGACAUUAGUGGAAAGAUCACUCAAGCACUACUGAAGAGCUUGGAAAGCCCUGAUUGGAAGGUUCGUAUGGAGUCUGUUGAUGCUGUGAACAAAAUAUUGGAAGAGGCUAAUAAGCGCAUUCAAGCAACUGGAACUGGUGAGUUGUUUGGAGCUCUUCGGGGACGGCUCUUUGAUAGCAACAAAAACAUUGUCAUGGCUACCUUGACAACAAUUGGCAAUGUUGCAUCUGCAAUGGGACAAGCUGUAGAGAAGGCUAGCAAGGGUAUUCUAUCUGAUAUAUUGAAAUGUCUUGGUGACAACAAGAAGCACAUGAGAGAAUGUGCACUGAAUACUUUAGAUUCUUGGCUGGCUGCUGUUCAUCUUGAUAAAAUGGUUCCAUAUAUUGCAAUUUCUUUGGUGGACUCUAAAAUUGGUGCGGAUGGGCGUAAAGAUCUUUUUGAUUGGUUAUCUAAGCAACUUUCUGGAUUAAGUAGUUUUGCUGAAGCUGCUCAACUGCUGAAACCUGCCUCUUCUGCAAUGACAGAUAAAUCUUCUGAUGUUCGCAAGGCAGCAGAGGCUUGCAUUAAUGAGAUACUGAGAGUUAGUGGACAUGAAAUGAUUGAAAAGAUAGUUAAAGAUAUUCAUGGACCAGCACUGACACUAGUUCUUGAGAAGUUGAAACCAUAUGGAGCUUUUCAAGAUUCAUUUGAGUCAGCAAAAUCAGUUUCAGUGGGUGCACCAGCAAAACUGAAGGUGGGGAAAUCAACUGCCAAUGGUGUUUCAAAACAUGGAACUAGAGCUGCAUCUUCGAGAGCUGUGGCAACUAAAGGCACUAAAUCUGAAUCAAUAUCUGUUCAAGAUAUAGCAGUCCAGUCUCAAGCCCUGUUAAAUAUCAAGGAUUCCAAUAAGGAAGAUAGAGAGAGAAUGGUGGUUCGGAGGUUUAAGUUUGAGGACCCUCGUGCUGAGCAAAUUCAAGAUCUUGAGAAUGAUAUGAUGAAGUAUUUCAGAGAGGAUUUACAUAGGAGACUCUUAAGUGCAGAUUUUAAGAAGCAAGUUGAGGGACUUGAAAUGCUGCAGAAGGCACUUCCGUCCAUUGCUAAGGAAGUAAUAGAAGUUUUGGACAUUCUUCUAAGGUGGUUUGUGUUACAGUUCUGCAAAUCAAACACAACAUGUCUAUUGAAGGUGCUGGAAUUUCUUCCAGAGCUGCUUGACACCUUGAAGGAUGAGGGGUACUCUCUGACAGAAUCUGAAGUGGCAGUGUUUCUUCCAUGCCUAGUAGAGAAGUUAGGGCAUAACAUUGAGAAAGUUCGAGAAAAAAUGCGUGAGCUGACCAAACAAUUUGUUGUCAUAUAUUCUGCGUCUAAAUGUUUCCUCUAUAUAUUAGAGGGUUUGCGCUCUAAGAAUAACCGAACUCGAAUUGAAUGUGCUGAUCUUGUUGGAUUUAUUAUUGAUCAUCAUUGUGCAGAGAUUAGUGGGCACCUAAAAUCAUUGCAAACUGUGGCAAGUUUGACAGCAGAACGGGAUGGUGAAACUAGGAAAGCUGCAUUAAAUACACUAGCUACUGGUUAUAAGAUUCUAGGUGACGACAUCUGGAAAUUUGUUGGGAAGCUAACAGAUGCUCAAAAAAGCAUGUUAGAUGAUAGAUUCAAGUGGAAGGUAAGAGAGAUGGAAAAGAAGAAGGAAGGCAAGCCUGGUGAAGCAAGGGCCAUUUUAAGGCGCUCAGUCAGGGAAAAUGGGUCUGAUGUUGCAGAGCAAAGUGGAGAGAUGUCUAGAUCUCUUGCUGGUCCUAUAUUGAGGAAAAAUUAUGGUCAACCUGACAGUAACGUUGAGAGACAGUUGAUUUCCCGUUCUUCGGCUGUUACUAAUGGACCCCCUGAUUGGAAUGAAGCACUUGAUAUAAUUUCUUUUGGUUCUCCUGAACAGUCUGUUGAUGGAAUGAAAGUUGUUUGUUAUGAGUUAGGUCAGGUCACUAAUGAUCCAGAAGGUGUUGUUAUGGAUGAACUUGUGAAAGAUGCAGAUAGGCUAGUUUCAUGUCUUGCAAAUAAGGUUGCAAGAACUUUUGACUUCAAUUUGACUGGGGCUUCGUCAAGAUCUUGUAAAUAUGUGCUCAAUACUCUCAUGCAGACUUUUCAGAAUAAAAGAUUAGCACAUGCUGUAAAGGAGAGCACUCUUGACAGUCUCAUUACGGAGCUGCUUCUGUGGCUCUUGGAUGACAGGGUUCCACAUAUGGAAGAUGGAAGCCAGUUGCUGAAAGCAUUGAAUGUAUUGAUGCUUAAGAUUCUGGAUAAUGCAGAUCGUACUUCAUCCUUUGUUGUCUUAAUCAAUCUCUUGCGGCCUUUAGAUCCAUCCAGGUGGCCUUCACCAGCAUCAAAUGAGUCGCUUGCUACCAGAAAUCAAAAGUUUUCUGAUCUAGUUGUAAAAUGCCUUAUCAAGCUUACCAAGGUUCUUCAGAGCACCAUCUAUGAUGUUGACCUUGAUCGCAUACUUCAAAGCAUCCAUUUGUACCUGCAAGACUUGGGAAUGGAGGAAAUUAGAAAAAGGGCUGGUGCUGAUGACAAACCUUUAAGAAUGGUAAAAACUGUUCUGCAUGAACUUGUCAAGCUUCGUGGUGCAGCGAUAAAGGGUCAUCUUUCAAUGGUUCCUAUUGAUGCAAAACCUCAACCCAUCAUCCUUGCCUACAUUGAACUUAAUCUUGAGACUUUGGCUGCCGCAAGAAUGUUGACUGCAUCUGGACCUGGGGGACAAAACCAUUGGGGCGAUUCAGCUACCAAUAAUUCGGCCUCGGGUACCCAUUCUGCUGAUGCCCAGUUAAAGCAAGAGUUGGCUGCUAUAUUUAAGAAGAUUGGGGAGAAGCAAACUUGCACAAUUGGUCUAUAUGAGCUAUAUCGGAUUACCCAAUUGUACCCUAAGGUUGACAUAUUUGCUCAGCUUCAAAAUGCUAGUGAGGCAUUUCGCACCUACAUUAGAGAUGGUCUUGCUCAGAUGGAGAAGAAUGCUGCAGCUGGAAGAACUCCUUCCAGUUUACCGAUGCCUACUCCUCCACCGGCUUCUUUAAACAUAUCUUCCCCUGAUUUUGCACCUCUCUCACCUGUAAAUGCAAAUCCAUUAGGUGAUGCUAAAUUAAAUGUGAAACCAGAGCCAACAAAUUUUAAUUUACCCCCAUCAUACAGUGAGGAGAAUAGGCCUGUGAAUGCCAUUACGUCUAGAGCGUUACAUUCUGACUAUACAUUAGGUGACCAAAGAAAUGAUAGAUUUAUGACAGGAGUAACCAGUGGAACGUUGGAUGCAAUCAGAGAGAGGAUGAAGAGCAUGCAAUUAGCAGCUGCUGCUGGGAGUACUGAAUCUGGUGUUAGGCACCUAACAAGUGCAAAUGACAACUUGAAUCAUGUUUUUCCUCAUAGUCAGAUUCCUCAUGCAUCUGAACAUGUUGGUACUGAGAAUAAUUUACACGGUGGGGUACUUCCUAUGGAUGAGAAAGCACUGUCUGGUCUUCAAGCGCGGAUGGAAAGACUGAAAAGUGGUUCCCUUGAGCCUCUUUAA